AUGCAGCUGCUCAAUGUAUUCUUCAUCUACCUGAGCUCAUUGGGCACACUUUCAUUAGCUGAUACCAAUGAAUCCACCUUGACGUCCCGGCAAAUUCUCCCCAAUUCCUUCAAACCUCCGCCAGUCUUCAAGAAUGUGCACCUGUUGCGCAACAUCAAUUUGGAGAAAGGCUAUGCCAGGGAAAGCAUCAAUGUCGUAGUAGAAAAUUUGGACAGCAAGCCUCAAGACACAUACUUCUUACCAUUCAGAGCCGAAUCUAUCCAGAAAAUAGGAGGCUUGGAGGUCCGUGACAAGAAAGAUCCUGAGAAACCGGCUUUCAAAUCUGAGGUUGUGGAGUACGAUCCUAACAGCUCCACCCAAUUCUACCGAGUGACCCUUCCUGCUCCUCUUACUCCAUCAUCGCAGCUCACCCUUUCAAUCAUCUACAAUGUCAUUUCCGACUUCACACCAUUACCAGCUACCAUUGGCCAGCAGGACAAACAGUAUAUUCUUCACAAAUUCUCGCUUUUUGUGCCCUCGGCGUACCACACGAGCAAGCAGAAAACGAAGAUCAAGUUUCCCUCCGCGGACGUCCCAGACUUCACGUCAGACCCCGAGCGACAAGGUACAACAUUCAAUUACGGCCCAUUUGAAGACAAGCCUGCGGGGGCAGAAGAAGAAGCUAGUGUUCGCUAUGAAUUCACCAAACCGAUAAUUCAUGCGACUUUGCUUGAGCGUGAUAUUGAAAUUAGCCAUUGGGGCGGUAAUCUCGCAGCAGAAGAACGUUACUGGCUCACUCAUAUGGGUGCACCUCUGUCUGCUCAAUUUUCGCGAGUUCAAUGGGCGGUGUCGCAGCAUUAUCCCAUGCCAAAUAGCGCGUUGAAAGAGCUCAAAAUCCCACUCCUGGGCGGUAGUGCGGAUGCCUAUUUCACGGAUGAUAUCGGUAACGUCUCCACAAGUCGCUUUCGGAGCACUCCACGUGAAGCCAACCUGGAGAUCAAGCCGCGCUAUCCUCUAUUCGGGGGUUGGAAUUACAGCUUUCGGGUCGGUUGGAACAACAACCUCGAUCGAUUUGUGCGAAAGACGAACACAGGAAGCACCUAUGUGCUCAGAGUGCCAUUCCUAGAAGGACCAAAAAUGAGUGAAGGCGUCUCUUACGGCAAGGUCGAAUUCCAAGUAGUGCUUCCGGAAGGUGCAACAAACGUUCAAUACGAAUGCCCAAUCCCAUUGAUAUCGUCUGAGUCAUCAUCUCACAAGUCGUUUAUGGAUACUUUGGGACGAACUACGCUCAAGCUCACAGCGAUCAAUGUUGUUGAUCAGUCUCGCGAUCAGGACGUGAUCGUCACAUACGACUACACGUUGAUGGCUGCACUUCGAAAGCCAGCGACCAUAUUUGGAGGCGUUUUGGCUGUAUUCGUAACGGCAUGGGCGGUGAGUAAUCUAGAUAUUAGUAUCGCGAAACCUACAUAG